GCGCUUCCUGUCAGAAAUCGCUCGGUCUCUGCCAUUAUCGCUUUUGGCUUCUUCUGCUUUUUUUUUGGCCCUGGGAGGGGGCGGGACGGAGCGACACGCCGAUCCGCUAGCAUGCUGAAGGAAGGACGCGGCGAGUUCUGAACCGGGAGGAGAGCUUUUAAAUGGGAAAUCUGCUGAGCAGCUGGAAGUACAGGGAGCCCAGCACUGUGGAGGAAUGUGACUCGACCUGGGAGAGCGACUCGGAAAGUGACGACCCUCAGGUAGCAGGCGACAUCAGCCCCGUCGACGAGGAAGAAGCGCCCACUCCGCAGCUGAGCGAUGACGCACAGGAGUCUGCACCCAAACUGAAAAGAAGCUUUUAUGCAGCCAAAGAUUUAUAUAAGUAUCGCCAUAGUUAUCCUAAUUACAGAGAAUCAAGACAAGCCAGUGAAUUCCAAAACUUGAGAUUUUACUUAAACAAGAUUCCAUUAGUUCCUGAUGGUAUUUAUAUUGAAGAAAUUCUGAAUGAAUGGAAAGGAGAUUAUGAAAAGCUGGAGCAUAACCACACUUAUAUACAAUGGCUUUUUCCUCUACGGGAACAAGGAUUAAACUUUUAUGCCCAGGAGCUAACUCAAGAUGAGAUAAAGGAGUUCCAGAACAACCGAGAAGCCAAAAGAAGAUUUAUAAUAGCAUACACUGUAAUGCUGGAUUUUUUUGGAAUAAAGCUGCUUGAUAAAAAUGGAAGUGUUUCCAGAGCCUCAAACUGGUGUGAACGGUUUCAGCACUUAAAUGAGUCUCAGCACAACUAUUUACGAAUCACCCGCAUUUUAAAAAGCUUGGGGGAGCUGGGGUUUGAGAGUUUCAAAGCCCCUCUUGUAAAGUUUCUUCUGAAGGAAGCUCUUAUAGAAGAGACAGUUCCCAAUAUGAAGCAAAGUGCCCUGGAGUAUUUUGUGUACACCAUCCGAGAACGAAAAGAGCGGAGAAGCUUGCUGAGGUUUGCACAGCUACACUAUCGACCAUCUGAACAUUUCAUUUGGGGACCCCCCAAAAAAAGGAAAGCUGGAGCCAAAAUGAAUUGCCCUGUGGAUAAAAUGUCAGUGAAAUCAAAGCCAGAAAAGGAUUCUUCUUCAAAAAACACACCAACUGCUCCCAGCAAUGAGGAGCAAACAGGAGAUGAAACAAAGAAGAGUGAUGAAAGUUGGACAGAUGACCAGGUCUAUACAGGUGAUGAGCAGAAUGGCAGAUCUGAAGAGAAACAGGACUCUGAGGAGAAGAGUUAUUCCAAUGAAACACAAACAUCUACUGAAAAUAAAGCAAUAUAAGGUGACAGCAGCAAGAUAAAACCUGUCAAUGGGGGAAAAGACGAAAAAGAUGCACUGCACUGAUCAAGCCCCAGUAUGUCUUUGGUGGUGUCAAGACCAUUAAAUAAAGUGACUGCAGCAAUACAUUAUGCUUUUUUAAAAAGGCUUACUUAAUGUCUAAUUUUGAGACCUGUUUAAUGUGUAAAUGGUGGUGUGCAGUAUUUUCCUGGUUUUAGACUGUACAGUUAUCCGUGACGGUAGCUCUUGAAGUGUACAUUUGGGUUCAGAAAUCCAUUUUUUCUCUUUGCGUAGGACAAAAGGCCUCUGGUGGCUUUAAUCUUUUACUCUUUUUUACUUCUUAAUCACUGACUAUUUGCCUUAAGUAAAAUGAGGAUCUGUUUGAUUAGCACUUACAGUUACUGUAGCUCAAAACCCCUAGACUAGUAAGUACAGUAGACAAAGAAUGGAUGGAAGUGGCUAUCACCACAUCUCAUGCUGUGUUGAUUUGUUUGUUAAAGAACUGAGCAAACGAAACAUGUAGAGUCAACUAUUAUUCAUGUAUUCAAGAGCAUGCAUUACAAUCCCAAGACACAGGCCUUCUUAAAAUUCCAAGGAUAAUUAAGGCUGCCUUUAGAGAUAGAGCCUUCAUAUCUGAGGGAUGUCUAAACAUGCAUUAGUGUAGCAUUGCAGCUCCAUAUUUCAGCUGUCGGACCAGCUGUCCAUGCUGCAAAAGAUAUGUUAGUUAAAGUGUAAAGUACAAUUGAGGCAAUCAUCUUCUCCGCCUUUUAUUAUUCCUUUCCCAUUCUCUGUUUGCUCCUGGUGCUUUGCUGUGGUGCUUGGUGCCAUGACUCCUUUGACCAAAGUACUCCUCCAGGCUAUGCAGCUUAAUGUCAUUGUAGUUUGUGGAACUUUUAGCACUAAUAGUGGCAAAGAUACAGUAUCAUCAGACCACUGUACGAUAAUAUCAUAGUUAUGGAAACUGACAUGUGUCUUACCAUACUUUAGGAUGCCCAGGAACAGGAAAGCAGCCGAGUGAAUUAGUUCAGUCAAAUCUUGAGUUUGAUGAUUCAAGAAAACACUGAAUCCACAAAGUUUAUAUUUCCCUCAAACUCUAAUGUUUGGAACGUCUCUAUUGCAAUCACAUGCCCUUAUUUCUUGUUAGCUUAAUUUCAGUUAUACUCCUAAAUUUAGCUCAACUAAUGUUGAUCGAUGUUUCAUGGGGAUUAGUUGUGACAAAGUAUAUGGAUCAUUUUAAUACUUUAACACUGUACAUUCAAUAUGCUUCCAUACAUGAUGCAUGGUUUUUGUCAUUUUCUGUUGUCGUUUUAAGUUUGCAAAUCUGUGUGAUGACCCUGACUUCGUCAUCAGAGAAGAUCACUGCAUAAGAAUAAACUGAGACUAAAGCAAUUAA